CAAUUUUCCAAAGGGAAAAGGCCUUUUGGUAUAUCCUGGAGAUAUUAUUCAGUAAAAUGAAGGACAGGAAUGGUCAGAGUAUGCGUAUGUAAAGGCUUAUCUUACAGUCCAACGUUGUACUGUGUCUGGCUUCUUCAAAUUCUUCUAGAAAUUAAACCCAUUACGCCAUUUACUUCAUAUUCUGCUUUACACGAACGAGUUCUCAAAGAGAAGCAAACAAUCUUCUUGAAGAAAUGAUCACAGAGGAGGCCAUAUGUCAACGACCCUUCAUUGAAAGCUCUCUUCCUUCUUCCAAUGUGACUCAAGAGCCUCCUCGUAGAACAGGGAAGGUGGGGAGUGCAGUGGCACAUAUAAUAACAGCCGUCAUAGGAGCCGGAGUGCUGUCUCUGGCUUGGAGCAUUGCUCAGCUCGGCUGGCUCGCUGGUCCUAUCUCUAUCCUUCUCUUUGCUGUCACCACUCUUAUUUCCUCCUUUCUCCUCUCUGACUGCUAUAGAUUCCCUCAUUCCCAUGGCUCCAUCCGCAACUCCACCUACAUGCACGCCGUCAAGCUCUACUUAGGUGAGCUGACUCUAACUCGGCUGUUUAAAGUGUGA